CCAUCAAACGAAUACUUAAGAAUCCAACGAACGACAAAGACUUUGAAAAUGAACUGAAACAUUUACAAGAUUUAAAGCUUGAGAGCAAGAACAUAGUCAGAUAUGUAGACUUUGAACAGGAUGAUGAUUUUUAUUAUCUUGCGCUACAGCUUUGUGAAUAUGAUUUAGAGGGCUACAUGGAUGAGCUCCGUAAAGAAGAAACUGAAAACAAAGUCACUGCUUUGAAGAAAGUAGUGAAGGAGGUGCUUCUCGGCCUUCAGGUUCUUCACCGUGCUAAAGUGAUACAUCGUGAUAUAAAGCCUCAAAAUAUUUUGAUAGAUUCAGAAAAAAACGCAAGAAUGGCUGACUUUGGCUUAAGCCGCAGACUGGAGGAUGGCAGCACCGUGUACACUGUGAGAGCUGGUACCAGAUGCUGGGAGGCAGUGGAGACCCUUGAUCAAACUGAAAGAACUGGAUACAAAACAAGCUCAGAUGUCCAGGUGGCUGGAAUGUUAGUGUACUACCUACUCUCUGAUGGUAAACAUCCUUUUGAAGGAAAUAACCUUUGGGAGCAAGAGGCUAAAAUUAGAGAAGGGAAUUACUCUCUUGAUGAAGUUGAUGAUGUUGUGGCAAAAGAUCUCAUUGAGAGAAUGAUCAGCAAAGUCCCGGAAGAGAGACCGACUGUUGAUGAUGCCCUAAAUCACCCUUAUUUCUGGGAUGAUGUCAGGAAGGAUGCAGUUCUUAGGAAACUGGGUGAUAUAAGAGAAGUUCAAUACUAUUUGGACUUGGAGACACUUCACAACCUCUACCACGAAGUGAAGAACAGUGAUGGAGAAGAGCCAACAGUAGAUCAGAUCAUUGACAGGUUGAUAACAUCCAAGCCUAAAAGCACACCUAAGAGGAAGCUACUUGAUUUAAGGAAAACCUUAACUGAAAUAGUUGGUGAUAAUUUUGCAAAAGUUGUGAACUUGUGCGACACUGUAAAGAAGUACAAUGAAAGCUUUUCUACCUGGAAAACAAAGCUUCCAGGAAAUGAAGAAAUACCUUUUCCGGAUGACUUACUGGGCCUGCUACGUUUUAUGCGCAACAAACUUGUGCAUGAAAAGGAUAAAUUCGAUGAGAUCAACAGGCUUAAUCAUUUUCCAGAUUUCUUCAUAAGUUUACAAAGGCUGGCGAAAGACCUCAACUGGGAUUACUGAAGAGGAAACAUAGUGUACAUAAUGUCUUUGAUGAAUGCAGAUUUUACCAGUUCUGUUUUCUAUCUUUGCUUUGACGGGUUUUCUUUAAACCUAAAUUUGAAGAAAUCAAGAUUUUUCUGACAGUUUCUGUGAUUGCCCAUCUUUUAAGAUUCCUGUUUUUGUCCUAUUUUCCUUUAAGCUUUCAGUUUCUAAAUGAUCUCAGAACAAGUACUGUAUAUAUUUAGUAGUCUGUCUUGAUGUGUUGUCCUCUCAUAAAAGAACAAAGCAGGUACACGCCUUCGGAUAAAACGGUAUGUAUUUUUGACAAGCAUUUAUUUCUUCAAGUAGUUAAAAUAGAUACCGUUGUUAUCAAUUUAGUCAAUUCACUGUAAAUAAUGUGUACUGUAUCUAUUGUUUUAUUUUCUGUAAUGAUGUAUCAAUGCAAAACUGAUGGUUAAGCUAUAAAAAUUAAAGCACUCUAAUUACAUUUUUGACUACUAACAGAAUUGACUACUGAAUACAUUAAUUAUUUCUAUAUGAUCAAUUGAAUGUUUUUUUAUUUUAAUUUUUCAGUUAAUGUUAGAUUCCUUGACAUUUACUGCAAGCAUUUUUUGUCUCAGUCUGUUAUAUAUGGCACAAGUUACCAGCAUUAAAACAUCAGUCCAGCAGUGAAAUAGGGUGGAGGGAACACAUACUUUUUCUUGCCACUGUACUUAUACUGUCAUUUAAAUAAUUGAUUUAGCCUACAUGUGUCAGAAGAAAUAUUUUUGCAUGUUGUAAGGGUUUUGUUGUGUUCUGUUUUGUUUUGUGUGUUGUACUUUUAUUUUGAUACCCUGUUCUGUUCUGACUUUUAUUUUGAUAUUCAUCUUGCCAUGUAACACUUCACAUCCCACUUCCUGUUUGUAUAGUAUAUAGCCACUUCAGUUCUGUUCAGUCACUGCUGAUUAUUACUUAGUAUCUCCAGCCUGUUUACAUUGCCUGUUACCUAGUAUGACCAGCCUGUUUGUUUAGCCUGUCUGUAUUCUGUUAUCUGGUUAUUCUGUUCUUUGCCUGCCUGUUUUUUGACCCGUGCCUGUUGUUUGUUUUGCUGCCUGCCCUGACCUAUUGCCUGUCAUUGGAUUACAUUUUGGAUUGCCCCUUAUUG